AUGGGUCUCAAGGCCUCCUCUUCUCUCCUCUGUCUCACAAUCUUACUCGGUGUCUCCUCCAUUGUAUCAGCGGUUAACAUAACCCGAGCACUCGAGAAAUACCCGGAAUUCAGCACCAUGAUCGAGCUUUUCAACAAGACACAGCUCACACCGAUCAUCAACAAACGUCAGACCAUCACCAUUCUGGCUCUUAGCAAUGAUGCAAUCGGUUCCAUCUCUGGUAGACCCGAGGAGGAGAUCAAGAACAUUCUUAUGAGCCACGUGGUUCUUGACUACUACGAUGAGCUCAAGCUCAAGGCUCUCAAGGACAGGAGCACAAUGCUCACUUCCCUUUACCAGUCCACCGGUUUGGGCCAGCAGCAAAACGGUUUCCUCAACUGUUCCAAAUCUAACGGAAAGAUUUACUUCGGGUCCGCCGUGAAAGGAGCUGCUCAAACCGCUGAGUACAUCAAGACCGUGUUCCAAAACCCGUUCAAUCUCUCUGUUGUCCAAAUCAGCAUGCCCAUUGUGGCUCCUGGACUCGGUGCUCCGGUUAAGAUUCCUUCACCACCACCCAUGACCGCUUCACCACCCGCUCCAGCUCCCAAGAAGGCUUCAGCCACUCCGGCUCCUGGACCAGCUGAGGAAGGGGAUUACGCAGACGCUCCUCCUAGUUUAGCACCAGAAACCUCACCUGCAUUAGCACCGGAAAGUGAUUCUCCUGCUCCGGCUCCAUCCAAAGCUGGUAAGAAGAAGAUGGCUGCAGCUGAUGAAGUUGAGCCACCUACUUCUGGUGCUAACGCUGGUUUGAGCUUUGGUGCUGUUCUUGUUCUUGGAUUUGUGGCUAGCUGGUUCUAA